AUGGAUCGUGAGCUGCCGGUCAGAGCAGCGUGGGCGCGGGCAUGGCUCACACGCACCUAUCGCCCUCUGGAGUGCGAGACGCUCGCCGUCUGCUACUCCGUCUCCCUGGUCAUGCUCUUCAUCGGCAUCCGCCAGCUGGUCAGCAUGCGCGGUGCCCGGCGCGCCAUCGAGCAAGACGCCAGCAACCGCGCCGUCAUCUUCGCCGCGAGCAACAAGCGCCUGGCUCGCGCAACGCGCACCCAGUUCUACAUCACCCUCGUCUACCUGUUCCACGCGCUCGCGAUCUGGAUGGUCGACGCGGCCAUCGGAAUCUAUGCGAUCAAGGACGAUGUCGUCGCCAACCCGCAGAGCUACGACCUCCGGAUCUGGCUCGAGCUCGCCAUCAACGCCGUCACCAUGGUCGCCCUCUUCUCCGCCGUCUUCAUCCUCUUCCCCAUGAUGCAGAUGCUCGGAGUCGGAUAUCUGAUCGCCAAAUUCCACCGCACGAACGACACGGACGGCACGCUGGCCGCUUACGUUCCAGCUGCUCGCAUCGUCACCACGCAGAUGUCCCACCUCUGGAUGAUGCUGGGCUUCUUUGUGAUUGCGUGGUGGCCCGUCAAUGAAUCCUCCUUCACACGCAUCCUCGUCCUGGAAGCGAGCCUGGGCUCUGCCAUGGCCUGGCUGCACGCGAGCUCCGCCUUCAACUUCCGCGCCGACCACUUAUCUGCCGUGGAGGUGCAACCGCUCUUGGGAGUCAAGGAUGGCGUCAGGCUUUACGGCAAACAGGUGUACGCCUUGCACUUGGGCAACCGCGGUGUCGAUGUGCUACCGCAAUACGAGUCGACUGCCCAGGGCGAGCACACUCUUGACGAGAAGACCGCUCUCCUCUGA